AUGGGUUGUGGAAUGAGCACUGAGGAUAAGGAGGGCAAGGCCCGCAAUGAAGAGAUUGAGAAUCAGCUCAAGCGGGACAAGAUGAUGCAGCGAAAUGAAAUCAAGAUGCUUUUACUCGGAGCUGGAGAGUCGGGCAAAUCGACCAUUCUCAAGCAGAUGAAGCUGAUUAACGAGGGUGGAUAUUCGCGCGAUGAACGGGAAUCCUUCAAGGAAAUCAUCUACAGCAACACGGUUCAGUCGAUGCGUGUCAUCUUAGAGGCAAUGGAGUCGCUGGAACUUCCGUUGGAGGAUGCCCGUCAUGAAUACCACGUGCAGACCAUCUUCAUGCAGCCUGCCCAGAUCGAAGGUGACAGCCUACCCCCUGAGGUUGGUAAUGCUAUUGGGGCACUUUGGCGUGAUACGGGUGUGCAGGAGUGCUUCAAGCGUUCCCGCGAAUAUCAACUGAACGACUCGGCGAAAUACUUUUUCGAUGCCAUCGAACGAAUUGCUCAGCCCGAUUAUCUUCCCACGGACCAGGAUGUUCUCCGCUCCCGUGUCAAGACGACGGGUAUCACGGAGACCACCUUCCUUAUUGGUGAUCUGACAUACCGGAUGUUCGAUGUCGGUGGCCAACGCUCUGAACGUAAGAAGUGGAUCCACUGUUUCGAGAAUGUGACGACCAUCCUUUUCUUGGUUGCCAUCUCGGAGUAUGACCAGCUUCUGUUCGAAGAUGAAACGGUCAACCGUAUGCAGGAAGCGCUCACCCUGUUCGACUCUAUCUGCAACUCGCGGUGGUUCGUGAAAACUUCGAUUAUCCUUUUCCUGAACAAGAUCGAUCGGUUCAAGGAGAAGCUCCCCGUCAGCCCCAUGAAGAAUUACUUCCCCGACUACGAGGGUGGUGCCGACUAUGCCGCUGCCUGUGAUUAUAUCCUCAACCGCUUUGUGUCUCUCAACCAGGCGGAGCAAAAACAGAUCUACACGCACUUCACUUGUGCCACCGAUACCACACAAAUUCGGUUCGUCAUGGCCGCAGUAAAUGAUAUUAUUAUCCAGGAGAACCUCCGACUGUGUGGUUUGAUCUAA